AUGCAAGGACCAGACGAGGAUCACACAGUCGCCAUAAUCGGCUGCGGCAGACUCGGCACUGCCGUUAUGAAAGGUAUGCUCAAAACCAUCGAGAGCGUAAACAGCAACCUUUUAAAGCUGCAGAACGAGUCAAGACACUUCAUACUAUGUGUCAAAUCACAAGAGAGUGCCGAUCGGCUCAGGAAAGAGUUCGCGAAAUAUACCGGCACGAACAGCAAAGCUACAAAUGUUCCUAGGUGUUCCAUCUACCGCGGCCGCAAUGUCGCCGCGGCACAGCAGGCGGAGCCAGUUAUUUUUGGUUGCCAGCCGCAACAAUUGUCGCGAAUCCUAUCGGAAGAUGGUAUGGCCUCCGCUUUGCGCAACAAACUUUCGAUCAGUAUCUGCGCCGGCUUUUCUGGUAACGCGAUCCGUGGCAUGCUGGGAGUUGACGAUGAAUCACUCUAUCCGGUCGUGCACGCAAUGCCCAACGUAUGCAGUACAGUAGGGCAGUCAACAACCGUCAUUACCGAAACUGUCCUCGGCGCACGACAUUUCGCCCUGGCGACGUGGACUUUUGCCGGCGACUGGUGUUGCAAGGACUUGUGGCGGGUGCAGUGCGGUGUGGAUUGGAUGCGGACCAAGCUCUGGUUAUGGCCGCUCAAGCAAUGGAAAGGCACCGCGCACAUGGUCCUGGACUUGGCCGAAGAUCCCGCGGCUUUGACGGCGAGGGUCAGCACACCCGGCGGUUGUACCGACCAGGGGGUGGGUGUGUUGCAGGCCAUGGCCGUCACGAAUGCGCUUGAAAAGGCUAUUGUCGAGGCUGUUGCAAGGGCUUUAGAGCUUGCUAAGCAGUGA